ACAUAGUAACAGUAGUACGUGAAAUUUUGUGUGGUGAUAGGUUAGUGAUGUAAAUUAUUGUGUUGGAAAUAAAGUCUGAAAAGAAUGGCAGCUUUUCAUCAGAAUCACAUUGGUGAUAUUGUUCACCUGAAUGUUGGAGGAACACGGUUUUCAACGUCCAGACAGACGCUUAUGUGGGUCCCCGAUUCGUUUUUUACAGCUUUGCUCAGUGGCAGAAUCUCCAGCCUGAAAGAUGAAAUGGGGGCAAUUUUCAUUGACAGAGACCCCAAGUUAUUUGCUACUAUUUUAAACUAUUUAAGGACACGGGACAUUGAUUUAUCAGUAGACAUAAGAGCUUUUCGUCAUGAAGCGGAAUACUAUGGGAUCACACCACUUGUAAAGAGAUUAAUGUUGUGUGAAGACCUGGCUCAAUCUUCAUGUGGAGAUGUUUUAUUCUACGGAUAUCUUCCGCCACCUUGCAUACCGCUGCAAGACCCGGGAGCAGCGUGCUCGUCUACUCCCGCCGCCGGCGAGAACUCCAGCGCAGUCCACUCUGCUCGUCCCGGCUCGAUCGUGCGCGUGCCGGCAGACCAGGCGGCUGCCCCCGCAGUGGCCCCGGCCCAGGCGGCGCCCGCGAUGCCGGUCCCUUGCCCGCUGCCCAGCCCGCACGUGCUGGGGACGCAGCGCGCCGGGACCAGUCACUCUCGGAACUCCUCCCUGGACCUGCGGGUGGCCCCAGGGGGCUGCUCCGGCGCUGCGUCGCGCAGCUCCUCUGACAUCCGCGCCGUGGCGGGGCGGGCGGGCGUGGGGCACUCGCGGGCCGCGUCUCUCGACCUGCGCCACACCCGCAACUCCUCUGCCGACCUCAACAAGCUCUUCCGCAACGAUGUGGGACUGGUGUUUGGGGCACAUCAAGGUUCCAGUUGGGCAGAUCCUUUGCGAGUGCAAAUAGUAAAGGCACACCACAACUGGAUUGCUGUAGCAUAUGCACACUUUGUUGCAUGUUACAGGUUGAAAGAUUCAAGUGGGUGGCAGCACGUGUUUACAAGUCCACACAUUGAGAGUUGCAUUGAGAGAAUUGCAAUCAAUGCAAAAAUGGGUCAAGGGGGUGGAGGGGAACUGUCUUCCAAGAUGGUUGCUAUAUCAUACGGAUCUUCCGUGCGGCUGUGGGGCGUCUCGGAGGAUGGAGCACGAACUAAUGUCGGUACGUUUAACCUUCACGUGAGGGUGGAGUAUCUGUUCUUCAUCGGCAGCCAGCUGGUCGCCCUGUCGCCCACUGGGAAGAUCGGGGUGUGGCACGCCAUGACCCAGCACUGGCAGAUACAGGACGUGGUCCCUAUCGCGUCGUUCGACACGGCUGGCUCCUUCCUGCUUCUUGGGUGCAACAACGGCUCCAUAUACUACAUCGAUAUGCAGAAGUUUCCCUUACGCAUGAAGGAUAACGACCUUCUGGUGACAGAGCUGUACCGCGAUCCUUCCAACGAUCCCAUCACGGCCAUCUCUGUGUACCUCACUCCAAAAACCAGCCUGUGUGGUAACUGGAUUGAGAUAGCGUAUGGUACAAGCUCCGGGACAGUGAGGGUCAUAGUUCAGCACCCAGAGACAGUUGGCCAUGGACCACAGCUGUUUCAGACUUUCACAGUUCACCAGAGUCCCGUAACAAAGGUGACAUUGUCAGAGAAGUUCCUGGUGUCAGUGUGCAGCGAGUACAACCACGUGCGCACGUGGAGCGUGACUAGGUUCCGGGGCAUGAUCUCCACCCAGCCGGGCUCCACACCGGUGGCCUCCUUCAAGAUAGUCUCCCUGGAUGAAGUCGAACCCUACAUCAGCUAUGCCGCGGGCAAUGACUGCGGUCCAUUUGGGGAGCAGGAUGAUGAGCAAGUAUUCGUCCAGAAAGUCGUCCCAGAGACAGACCAACUGUUUGUUAGACUGGCAUCAAACGGAAGGAGGGUGUGCGUGAUCAAGGCGGUGGACGGCACCACCGUCACGUCCUUCUGCGUGCACGAGUGCGAGGGCUCCAGUCGCAUGGGCUCGCGCCCCCGCAGGUUCAUCUUCACGGGCCACAGCAACGGGGCCAUCCAGCUGUGGGACCUGACCACCGCCCUCGACCUCGUCGCCAAGGGAGAGCCAGCAGUGCAUGCGAGCGGAGGUCCCACGCCGGGAGAGCUGCUGCGACUGCUGGACCAGUGCGACCUGAGCAACAGCUACUCCUCCACUCCCUGCAUCUCCCCCUGCCCCUCCACGGCCGCCGCCGCCGUCGCCCGCAUCAAGGCCUCCAACGUGGCGUUCCUCAACCAGUCCCAGGACGCCUCCGCCCCCAGCCCGCAGUGCUGAGCGUUUCCUGCAUUCAUGUCAUCUAUCAAGAGGUGCAUGGAUGGUAGAAGUGAUCUCAACUAUACCUAAGUUACAUGUGUGUGGGUGUGUGCAAGAACAUUGUCUGGAAGAGGUGACACUACAGCAUGUAGAGGUGAGCAUGCGUAGCAGAUGAAAUACACCACUUGCUGAUUUACACUUACUUGGGUACAAGUGUUCAGAACGUGGUCAAGUUGUGUUUAGAAGCCAGCCAAUGAGUGUUGAAUACGAGUGCAUGUACAUACUAUUCAAGAAGUAGGUACCAACCUAGCCCAUUCGUAAGUCGUGGUGCGAAAAUGUCCACAGUAACUUGUUAGUCGAAUUCAUUUAAUUAGUUUAUUUCUGGCCUUUUGUGUGCUAUCUCUCUCACAUGUAUAGUUGCCGUGGCAGUUGGGGGUUAUAGUGGGAUUACAUAUAUAGCCCCCAUGAAGUUAAAAAAUAUGCGAGCUGUCAGUGAAGGCAAUAUGUUAAUUUGGAUGAUGCAAGGUGACCUGUUAUCACACCAGGAACCACAAACCACCAAGUCAGUGAAAGUAUGUUGAGUAUGAUGUCACUGACCAAACCCCUUGUUUUUGACCGAAAUCUUUUGAAUCCCCUCCCAAAAUAAAUUACUGUAUCCACCACUGAAUAGUUGUAUGGCUGGUUUCUAAUGCAGGGAAAAUAGCUAUUUUGCUUCACAUUAUUCUGGGAGGCUGUACUAGGAGGCUCUAGCAAUGUUUUCAUAAAUAUUUGUGCACAAACAAUGGUGAGGUAUUUUUUUUUUUAAAUCCAUCUUUUGUAAUAUGCACCAAUAAAAAAUUUUUAUAGUUGGUUUUUCUCUAAAA